AUGCCCUCAACUAUAGAUUCCCCCUAUCCGCAAGCCCCAAGCAGGACAUACCUUCGUCGCUCUUCCUCCACCAUUGCUUCAUUCGCUACCGCCCUUUCCUUCCUCCCGCCGCCUACUGAAGGUGACAUCUCGCUUCGCCGGCUAUCUUCCUCAGACGCUCCAACGGUACCUACCCCCGACCCGUCGUCGACUCCCCGACGGUCUUCCCCACCGUCCGAGACUCAUACCGAUACACAAGGUGCAGACUCUUUUAUCAUGAGAGCAUUUAAUGCAGACGACAUCGAGUACGGCCCGAAAACCUUGGAGGACUUUCUGAGGGGAGAAAAUGCCGUCCAGAGGGCUAUCAACUUCAAUCGGUACGUACAGAUGAAGAAGUCCUCCCUCUGGUUGUCAGUUAUCAAGGCUACCCUAUCCAUGGCACUUUACGGCUAUGCGCUAAUUUGGUUUGUAGAACUGAGAGACAUGUGGCGCAAGCUUGACCCCGAAGACCUCAAGAGCCGCGAAGGGUGGUUUAUUUGGUUAUCUGUCAUCAACGGAAUGUUCUUCAUCAUGACUCUGUACCGGUUCAUCCGUGCUAUCAGCCGCUUACACGGUGCUCCGUACGAGAAGCACACGUUCUUGGACGUCGGUGAGGCUUUUGAUCCAUUCAUGCCCGGCAAGGCAGAUGUGUACAUUUACUUCCUUUUUAGCAGUGCUGCUGUCAUAGCCCACGUUGCGAGUUCAAUCGGUAUUGCACUGUGGGUCAAGGACUGGAUGGCAGGUGGCCCAGCUACCAGUAAUCCCAAAAAGGACAUCAUUGUGGGUGCCUUUUAUUUUUGCCUCCUGAUGGGGCACCUUGUCAAGACACUAACAUGUUCAACAGUUCACAUCCGCUAUGGCGCCCGUUGGGACAAAGCGCCCAGUCGUGAUCCCCGGUCGCUUGUUCCUGCCGACAAUGAGGACCACCUUCUGCCUUUGUACGAACUCGGCGGUUUUCAUCAGCCCCACGAUAACCACGUCCACGGCCUCUGCUCAACCCAUGAUGUACAUUAUCAUGGGCAUUAUCCACAGGACAACCAUGUCCACGGCUUUUGCUCAGCCCAUGAUGUACACCAUCAUGGACACCACGCCAUUGAUAUAUGGGAGGGCAUUCCUCGAGGCCGGUCGCGGUCGUAUUCUGUGUCUUCUGACCUUUCCGAAGGUACCAUGGAUACUUGGAUGACCAUCGACAUGUCAAUAUACGCACAAUGGCGGUGGGUGGGUAAGUUGAAGAUUCACCUUACAGAUCCUUCGCUCUACCUGUUCUAG